AUGAGAAAGAUACGGAACUCUUACGAAACAACACACUCCCAAAUAGGGAAACCGUUAUACAUAACGCCGCUGCUUCUCCUGCUGCUGUUGUUUCUGUGCUGCGCCAGUGUGUGUGUUGCGCAGAAGUACGGCGGCGUGCAGUCGACUGGAGUUGUGCGGGAGUUGCCCCGCAAGGGACAGAGUGGUGUGCAGGCGUACACCGUCGCCACACAGGAGAAUGGAGGAUGGGAGCUGAUCCGCAUUGAGGCGUUCACGAGGGACUUGGAGGACACAUCGAAAUACUGUACGAAAGCUGGUCAGGAGGUCAUUGAUUUUAAUGGUAAUAAGGCCAAAUGUAAAGAAGCGGAGGUCCUCAACGAUGAAAGGCACAGGGAAUACAUUAAGAAUAUCAUUCCCGCUGCCAUCAAACUGCACAGGGAUCGUCUGCGUGUACAACCCCAUAAAGGCAAAAUAAUCGUGCCCAAAUUUGAAGAUGAAGUCUUCUGUGGGAAAUUCACUGUACCCAAAGAGCACCGCACU